AUGGGGAAGGGCUACAAAGUGUUGGUUUGCGGAAUGGCCUCGGUGGGGAAGACCGCCAUUCUGGAGCAGGUCCUCUAUGGCAACCACGAUGUGGGUGAAGAAUGCAGUGCAACAAGCGAAGACGUGUAUGUGGCUUUGGCUGAAACGGACCGAGGAGUGAAAGAACAGUUGCGCCUGUACGACACCAGGGGGGUGCAAGAAGGAGAGGAGUUCCCCAAACAUUAUUUCUCCAUCGCAGACGGCUUUGUUCUCGUCUAUGCCGUGAACAGCCUGGAAUCCUUCGAAAGAGCUGACUGGCUCAAGAAAGAGAUUGACAAGUGUAGAGACAAAAGAGAGGGCUCUAUUGUUGUCUUAGGCAAUAAAGCUGACCUGGUGGAGGAAAGGCAAGUCGAGGCGGCCGUGGCUCAGCAGUGGGCCAAACUCGAGAAGGUGAAGCUGUGGGAAGUGACGGUAACGGACGGAAGGACGCUGGCAGAGCCCUUCGCCGUGCUGGCGAGCAAACUCUCUCAGGCCCAGAACAAGUCGGCUUUCCCUUUGCCCGGGCGGAAGCCCAAAGGCAAUAACGAUGACAGCUGA